GUGAGGAUAAGCGGUAGAAAAUGACUGAAUGAAUGAAAGACAAGUCGUAUGUAGUAUUCUGGAUACCAGAUGGCAGUACUAGAUGACUUUACAGUUUGGACGUUUAAUUUGUUUUUCAAUCCCUCCCCAAAAAUAUCUUUAUUUUAGAUUUUAAAUGCAGGCCCACAUAAUCUGAUACUUGCUUCUUUGCUGCUAUCAGACCGAGACGCCCUUAGUUUGUUCCUUCACUUGACCGAGCGCAGUAUUUCUCCUCCCUUCAUGUCAGCCUGCACUGUGCUGAUGCAUUUUUUGACCAGUGAUGUGGUUUGUCCUUUGGGGGAGUGUAUUUUCAAAUAUUGCUGUGAUAUACUGAAGAGGUCAACUAGAAAAUAUUCCUGCGUGUGCGAGAUUGUCGUGAGUGUAGAAAGCUGUUGAUACAGAAAAGGCCAACAUUUGUUUCUGUUUGAUAUUGAGUUGAGUGGCUGCAACAAUGACAGGAACCAGCUUGCUGCGUACGUCGACAGUUUGGAUUUCAGGGGUCAAAAGAGACACAUAAGGUGCAGUUAGAAGCGGACUUUGAGCUGCAGUGAAUGUUGACCUACUGGUGGUGCUCGGACUGUUACAUAAUGCCUCAUAAAUAACCUUAAUAUCUGUUCUAUACAUUUAAUAACCUGUCACAGAGUGCAUUUUUUAUUGUCUACUGAGCGAACCAAUGGGUUUCUUUGAAGGGUUGGACUUUGUUUACCCAGUCCUCUCCCAUAUAUUGUUCUUGUAAUAUUUCUGCAGCUAUUUAAGAUAUAACUUUAAAUGAUUGUAUUUUCCUCACACAAGAGUGUCGGUUUUAUCUUGAAGCCGCUGUGUCAUAGUGGGGCGACUUUAAGCAUGACUCUUCAUUUCCCCUUCGUUACACAACUCUUAACCUCUGGUUUUCAUAUUCAACCGAGUGAGCGCACUUUUUUUUUUCUUUCUAAGUUAAAGGGUUGAGCUCUGUAGACCUCUCACUUGAACACAACCAAGCGCAGAAGACAGAGAGAGAGAGCAAACACAAACCAUAAUGGAGCUCUUCCAGUGGCUCGGUCUGCUGCUGCUGCUGGCAGCAAGCGCUACCUCGAUCAAGAACUGCCACCCCGGCUGCCACUGCGAGGUGGAAAACUUCGGCCUGUUCGACAGCUUCAGCUUGACAAGAGUUGAUUGCAGAGGUUUGGGUCCCAGGGUCUCCAUGCCAGUCCCCAUCCCGCUGGACACUGCGUAUCUAGACUUGUCCUCCAACGCCAUGGGUCCGCUCAGUGACACCAUGCUAGCAGGUCCUGGGUAUACCACCCUGGUUAGCUUGGACCUGAGUAGCAACCACAUUACAAUGGUAAGUCCCAGUGCUUUGUCUAAACUGCGUUACCUGGAGACUCUGGAUCUUAGCCACAACCAAUUGGAGAGCCUCCCUCCUGGCUGCUUCUUUGGCCUCCCUCUGGCUGAAGUUGACCUCAGCUACAACAGAUUCCGAGACUUCGACAUGAACGCCUUUGCUGCCAAAGUUAAGGGCAAGCCCGUCUGCGUGGAUCUGUCGCAUAACGAGCUCACAUCCAUUUUGGCGAUGCCGCACGGGAAAUUUGUGCAGAUUCAGAGCUUGAAUCUGACGGCAAACUGCCUUUCGAGCGUACCGCAAUUGGCAGGUCUCAAGAUACUGAGGUACCUCAAUCUGGAUGGCAACCCUAUCAGCGUCAUCAAAGACGGGGACUUUGCUUACCUGAAAGAUUUGGUUUACUUAUCCCUCAGUGGCCUUCCGCAACUUCAGGCAAUUGAAGCACAUGGUUUGAAGGGCCUCCAGAGCCUCCAGGUCUUGGAUCUGUCCAACAAUCCAAAUUUGAAGACGCUGAACCCGGACAUUUUCGGUGGCCUGGACGGUCUGCAAGAGCUGAAGUUAUCCGGCUCAGGGGUGGCUUCCUUACCAAAUAAUCUGCUCUCCCAGCUCCCCAGUGUAAAGAGUAUCACACUUGGACACAACAUCCGCUGCUGGAGGACCCAGAAACAAGGGCAGUUUCACCGGCAGCUGGGUCAAGCGCAACACAACGAGGUUCUGUACUGCAAUGUGGAUGGCUUAGUGUUGUGAUCCUGCCAACGUGGACCAGCCUUCAUGCCCUCGCUGUGCCUUUAAUCACAUACAGUGACUCUUAAUGGCAGCACAACUGCAACUGUUUAACAUUCUUCAUCUUAAGAUGCAUUUAUUUAAAAAGGAAUUAUUUAUCAGCAUCUGCAAAUGGCAAAAUGGCACACAGAUUUCAUAGCAAAUAAUCACUACAUUUCUCUGAUGCUUUAUUAACAUGUUGGACCCAAUAUAAGACGACCCCUAUUAUUCAAAAUAUUCUGUAUCACACGUUCAACAUCAGUCUCUGUUUGGUGGCCGCAUCUCUCCAGGAGCCUGGAAUGCGUGAGUGACGGGAAGAAAAGCGCUGACUCCUUUGGGGGAAAUUAGUUUGUGCCACCUUCUGGUGUCUGCAUGUAAAAAUCUCGAAAAACAACCAUUUUAAGACCCUGGGUAGAAAAUAUUAUCUUAUAUUCUGGUCAAUAUGGAUUUAUUAGGCACAGUUUUGAUGGACAUAUGUGGCUGUUAGCAUUAAGGCUAAGGGGCUAACUGUUGUGUGACCUGUGUUAGAGACAUCCUGAUGGGCUUUAUUCCGUAAACUUAGCAAAGCUAGCUGAAGCAUCUACACUACCACUCAAAAGUUUGGGAUGACUUGGAAAUGUUUUUGUCCAGUCUGAGAUAUGGCUUUUUCUUGGCAGUCCUGCUAUGAAGUCCAGCAUCCUGAAGUCGCCGCUUCACUGUUGAUACUGACACUGGUGUUUGAUGGCUACUAUUUAGUGCAGCUGUGAGGCAUCUUUGUCUUGAACUACACACUCUCUUGCACAGUUGUGCAUCGUUUUUCUGUCCUUGUUAGACUCAGUUUGUGGUGCUCUCUGAAGGGAUUUUAGUUUAGAUUUUUAGAUGGCUUUUCUAAUCAUCUAUUAGCCUUAUAAAAUGAUGAACUUGGAUUAGCAGCCAUACCAGGAGAUUGAUGCAGAGGACUGACAGUUGUUGAUAGUAGGCCUCUAUACAAAAAUGGAGAUCCUUCUUUGAAAAUCAUCUGAUUCAUUGUUUGUGAAAUGCAUGAAAAUUUGUUUUUCUUUGGAAAACAGAGAAAUUUGCAAGUGAUCCCAAACUUUUGAGCGGUAGUGUUUAUGCCGUACAGCAGAAGCCGACAAAGCUGCCUAACAUCUGAUUUUGUCCAAUGAUUUGUUUGACUUGUUGGGUUACAGCAAGGCCUUUCUUUUAGUUGUAACCAACUAACUUAAGUGACUUAAACUCAAAUGUGAAGAACUUUUUACUCACUAAAAAGGACCAUUUUAUAUUGCUUGAGCUUAACGUCAUGUCCAUUUGUCCUGUUCAUUUUCUGUUACGUUGAAAGGGAAAAACAAAUGGGGGACCACGGUGACCAACAGUUCCCUUUCCCAACACAUUUGGCCAAUGAACUACGCUACACACGGCUGCUCCUUCCCCCUCCAAUAUCUACCAGUAGCUUGACAAUCUAUCUUCAUUUGCCAUUGUUCACUCGUAGCCCUGACUUAUGCCUCACACACUUAUUGAACACAUUUAAAGUUUAAAUGUAUAGGUACUCACCACUGUUGAAAGAUAAUGUCAGAUGAUCCAUGAAUGGAUGGGAGUCACGGUGUCGCCUUUAGCCUGGUCAUCACGCUAGUGACAGAGGCUAGUAGGAUAGAGAAGGCGUUUCUCUCAGCUUCAUCUCCAUAUUGCACGCUGCUUGCCUUACUAUCACAAACAAACUUGUGUUCACCUUUCUGCAAGUUUUGAGGAUUGAUUGUCGAAACUUUUGUUUAUGUAGACAAAUAAACGUUUUUAUUAUAGUCUGUGGGGUGCUCAAGGACCAAUAAACAAAGUGCGACUUGAGGAAAAGUCUAAAAACAAAUGUAAAGAACAAGAACAUGUAUGCUGAACAUUUGAACUGUAUUACCAUGUGUUGGCAAAUUAUUACAGAUGUUUUCUGUGGAAAAAUUGCCUAUUUUCAAAGGAAUUUGAACAAUUUUUGACCAAAUGGUGGAUAUGCAGGUAUUCACUGUAUGACAAUCCGUGUAACAUUUUCCUGUGGACCUGCAGCCUCAAGACUGCGAUGUUUGAAUGUCUACAUUCAUGUGAAGCAAUGUGUAAUGCAACCACAUGACUCACAAUUUAUAUUUGUAUGGGUUUCAAUUAUGCUGUGUGUAUUUUUGAAAAUGUGGAAUAAACUGAGAUGUUGCCAUAUAAAAAUGACUUCCU